AUGGCGCGCACUCGCAUACCAACACCACACGGCCCUGCUUUUCUUCACCUGUACCACAAUAAUCGCGACGGAAAAGAGCACCUAGCCGUAGUCAUUGAUCCCGCACAGUACUCCGACAACACGCGUUCCUCAGCACCGCCAAUUCGCAGCCGCUCACUAGAUGCGGUUUGGAACGAAACAGAAACGGAAAUGGACCGUAUUAUCCGCGGCGCGUACGUCGGAAAACUUUCUGCGACGUCACAACACGCCUCUAAUCCCACCUCGCAUCAUUCUUCCUCCACACCCGACUCUAUUCCAUCACCUCUCGUUCGUAUACACUCCGAGUGUUUCACAGGGGAGACCAUCGGCAGCAUGCGCUGUGACUGCGGCGAACAACUUGACGAAGCAAUACGCCUCAUCUCACAGCCCGUUCCGCUCCCAAAACAGCUUUCACACAGCCUAUCUAGUACCAUUCCUGGGCGGGGCGCCGUCAUAUACCUAAGGCAGGAAGGCCGUGGGAUUGGUCUUCUCUCAAAGAUACGCGCCUAUAAUCUGCAGGACCUUGGUCAUGACACUGUCACCGCAAAUCUCAUGCUCGGGCAUAAGGCGGAUGAGCGGGGUUAUGAGGUUGCGGCUGCUAUCCUGCGGGACCUUGGACUUGGGAGCGAACUUGGGGAGGGAGUCCGGCUGUUAACCAACAAUCCCGACAAGGUGCAGGCACUAGAAAAGGAGGGACUGAGAGUGGUUGAGCGAGUGUCGAUGAUUCCUAGGAGCUGGAAGCAACGUUCGACGGCUAACCUAGAUCUCGGAGUUGGUGUGGAAACUGAUACUGAAGAGAGGGAUCAGAGAGCUGCUGGUGCUACAAUGAUUGGAGGGAAAGCUGUCCAUGGGCACGACUUGGACAAGUACCUUCGUACCAAAAUUCUGCGCAUGGGACACAUGCUUCCGCUUUACUUGGGAGACAUUGAAGACGAGGUCAAAGAACCAUGA